AUGGUAGUGGAUUCGAGGCAGUUGGAGAAGUGGGCACUGGAGACUGAUAUCCGAGCACUACUGGGAUUAGAUCGUGACGAUUCUGAGUACGGGGCGCAGGUUGGCGAGGUUGCCAGUCUGUCUAGGUGGUACAGAGGAUUUGGUUUGUUGGGUGUGGGAGCUUUGACUCAUUUGCAGCAGUCUGGUCCGCCAGCUAGAGAGGCUCAGUGUUACCUUCUUUUGCUGCUUGGGUCCACACUGUUCGUAGAUAAGAGAGCACUUGCUUAUCUGUAUAAGCAGCUUGGUAUUGCCUCCCGGGUGGAGGCUAAGGGAGUGGCGGGUUGUCUGACUUUACUACAGUGUUGGAUUUACGACCACUUUCCUACCUUGAGGCCUAGUCGGUUGGAGCGACGAGAGCUGGAGCAGGGGCAGGCAGGAGCAUUCAGGUGGCGCGGUACAGCACCCCAAUCGACGAAGAAGAGGGAUGCACAGAUGCUGGCUUAUUAUCGGCAGGCGAUUGAUUGUUUGACCCCUCAGUCAGUUUGUUGGACUCCGUAUGGUCAGAGUCCUCAUCUGACGGUGAGACGUACCUUGUAUCAGGGCCUGCUCAGAUUUGCAGAGAUAGUAGAGCCAUAUGAUCCCACUAGGUGCCUCCGACAGUUAGGCUACGUGCAGAGUGUACCGUAUCCCCCGGAGCGUCCGCUUGUUGUGCGUCGACCUGCUUCCACGCUUGGAUACUCUCUUAGCUACCAGUCUGUUUAUGAUUCAUGGUGGAACAACUUGGGGGCGCAUAGUGUGCAUCUGGACCUUUAUUCUACUCCGGUACGACGUAAGCCAUGGGAGUUUGCUGAGGAUUACAUGGGGUGUUGUCACGCGAGAUGUGGAUUGAGAUAUCUCCCGUGA